UUCAAAAAAGGCGCCGACCGACUCCGGGAAUAUCGCAGAGCAGAGCUGAAAAAGGGAGGUUCUUCUGUGUUUGUGUUUGUCUGCGAGCUGCUCGGUUGAAGAAGAGAUAAAUUGCAAGUGCUGCUCGUCUGAUCUUUUGGUUUGUUUGGUAGUUGAAUUACAUCGAAGCAAUGGCGGCCGCAACAGAGAGCAAAGGCAAGGUGGUCAUGAUUGAUAACUAUGACUCAUUCACCUGGAACGUAUAUCAGCUGUUGGCGCAGGAAGGCGCGGACGUGGUCGUUAUCCGUAACGACGUCAAGACCGUCGAGGAACUCGCCGCGAUGGAACCCAGCAGACUCGUGAUUUCUCCCGGACCGGGACAUCCUCUUAACGACGCGGGAGUCUGUCCAGAGGCAGUGAAGUACUUUGCGGGCAAGAUUCCUAUCCUGGGAGUCUGCAUGGGCGAGCAGUGCAUUUUCUCGGCGUUUGGAGGAACCGUUACUUCAGCAGGAGAGAUUGUCCAUGGAAAGACAUCACCGAUCGAGCAUGACGGCAAGGGCAUCUUCACCGACGUUCCCCAGCAGGUUGCGGUGACGCGAUAUCAUUCGCUUGCCGGCACCAGCACGACAGUUCCCGACAGCUUGAUCGUGACCGCAAAGACUUCGAACGGAAUCAUCAUGGGUGUGCGUCACAAGGAGUACACGGUCGAGGGAGUCCAGUUCCACCCCGAGAGUAUCUUGACUGAGUCGGGUAACCUCAUGAUUCGGAAUUUCCUAAACAUGAACGGCGGAACCUGGGCCGAGGACGCGUUGAGCAAGAAGGGCCGUGCUGCCGAGACCCCUGCCGCUCCUACGAACGGCGCUACUGGGAAGGAGAGUAUUUUGGACAAGAUCUACGCCCAGCGACGCAUCGAUGUAGCUGCUCAGAGAAGCACCCCGGCCUUCACGCGAGAGAACUUACAGAAGAUAUACGACCUGGGGGUUGCUCCUGCACAGAUCGACUUUGCCGCACGGUUGCGCCAGACAAACACUGCUUUGCUGGCCGAGAUUAAGCGUGCGUCUCCGUCAAAGGGAGAUAUCGACGUGAACGCGAACGCGGCUGCCCAGGCACGCCUGUACGCUCUUGCUGGCGCCUCUGCGAUCUCGGUGUUGACAGAGCCACAUUGGUUCAAAGGCAGCAUCGACGACAUGCGGUACGCCCGCCUCGCUAUCGAGAAUGUGCCGAAUAGACCUGCGGUGCUGCGGAAGGAGUUUGUCUUUGACGAGUAUCAGAUCCUGGAAGCUCGGGUGAACGGUGCCGAUUCGGUUUUGCUGAUUGUGAAGAUGAUGGACGAGGAGCUACUGAAGAGGCUGUACAACUACUCCAAGUCUCUUGGGAUGGAGCCUUUGGUCGAGGUCAACUCCGCGGCUGAGAUGACCCGUGCGAUCCAGCUAGGUGCGAAGGUCAUCGGUGUCAACAACCGGGACCUGCAUUCGUUCAAUGUUGAUCUCAACACCACUUCUAAUCUCGCGCUGAUGGUACCUGAAGGCACAGUCCUUUGCGCUCUGAGCGGGAUCACGUCCCGGGCAGAUGUGGAGAAGUAUCUGUCAGAGGGCGUAGGCGGUUUCCUGGUAGGCGAGGCUCUGAUGCGAGCAGACGACACUACUGCGUUUGUGCACGAGUUGAUUGGAACGAAAUAAUUAGUUCUCUGAUGCUCGGUGCUUCUUUGCUCAUAUUCAUAAACGACUGUUCAUUUCUGUUGUGUUUGGUUAAUUAAUGAUAAUUUAGUUGUAAAGAUAUUUGAAAUUAGUGUAGAUCGAAGUAGACU